CCGUUUCUUCUUCUCUUCCCCCUUCUCUGCACACACCCCUUCUUCUGUUCUCUCAUUCUUCCAAUUCUUCAAUUUUCGAAUUCUCCAUUUGAGUUGCUCUGAUUUUCUCGGGAAAACAAAAUUUUCCGGGGAAGUUCUCAUUUUCACUGCGCAAUCUGAAGUCCCGGAAUCUGUGGCUUCCAACGAAAUCACAGCUUCCAGCAAAAUCAUUGGCUGGUGGGGUUGGUCCCUGUGAAGCUUAGGGUGUUUACAAGGACUGGCUCUGAUUUUGCUCCAAUGGAGAUGCAGGUUUCAUUGGUCAUACACCUUCACUCUUCUGGAGACUUUUUCCUUCUAUUGAUAGAAAAAGAGGAUUUCAAUGUGAAUUCGAAUUCAUCAAGGGACUUUAUUUCUUAAUAAGGAAAUAAUGUCUCCUAGGAACUGAAAUAUAUUCUAGACCAAAUCGAAGGCACAAAGCUAAGCAAGUCUGGUACAGCCAGUGACUUCCAUUCCAAUGAUGGAUCACAAUCCCAAUCGCCGGAUAUAAGUUCUGUUGGGAACAAUCAUGCCCCCAAGGUGAGGAAACCAUAUACCAUCACUAAGCAAAGGGAGAAGUGGACUGAGGAAGAGCAUGAAAAGUUCCUUGAAGCUUUGAAGUUGUAUGGUCGGGGAUGGCGUCAAAUUGAAGGUUGUGCGGGAAUCGGACGGAAGUGCUGAAAGUUCUAUACAUCCGAUUGACAUACCUCCUCCUCGUCCUAAAAGGAAACCCCUUCAUCCAUAUCCUCGUAAAUUGGCCAACUCCUUCAAAAGGCACUCCAGACCAAAUGAACCAGAAAAAUCUCCAUCGCCUAAUCUGUCCUCUGCGGAGAAAGACUCUCAAUCUCCAACCUCUGUGCUAUCUGCCUUUGGUUCGGAAGCAUUUGGGUCAGCAUUUUCAGAGCAUACCAACAGAUGCCUUUCUCCGAAUUCUUGCACUACUGACAUUCAAUCAAUUAACUUGUCACCUAUUGAGAAGGAAAAUGAUUGCAUGACAUCUAAACCAUCCAAGGAGGAAGACAAAACGCCUCUAGCUUCUGCCGCUUUAUCCAUUAGCUCACAACCUUACUUGCACAUGAAGUCUGAGAAGUUGGAGUUGUGUUCCAAGCAAACCAAGUGUAUCAACAACGAUGUUGUCAAUGUCCUGCCCACUACUAUAAAGCUGUUUGGAAGAACCGUUUCAAUGGUCGGUAAUCAGGAGUCAAUUAAUACUGAAGAGGAGUGUGUUAAGCUAUGUACUACUAGGUCUGAUGAAGUAGAUGAUGUUGAGAAUCAAUUGAAUACUCAGUUAUCACUAGGCAUGUGUAAUGGAAGUUGGCGAGUAAUGCCUAAAGAAGCUAUAGUGACGGGCGCGGAGCAUCCGAAGGAGGACCUUGGCCUUGGAGAAUCUGCACCUGAAGCAUCUUUGGCAUGGUCAAGUUUGUUCCCAGGCGGUCCGGCUGCUUACUUUGGUUCAUCCAAUACAGUCGUAAAUCCUAUGCCUCUUCACCCCUCCUUAAAAGUAAGAGCUAGAGAGGAGGAAGGUUCUUGUACUGGUUCCAAUGGUGAAUCAGUCAAUGAUGUGGAAAUUCAGGGCAAGAUUCAGGGAAGGUCCUUGGACACCGUCGAUUCCAGGUGUCAACAAACAUCUCAUCAAGAGGAAGUAGUAGUCCCCCAGAAGUCUCCAAGGGGUUUUGUACCAUACAAAAGAUGUUUAGCUGAAAGAGAUGCAAGUUCUUUGAUUGUUGCAUUGGAAGAAAGGAAGGGGCAAAGAGCUAGGGUGUGCUCAUAGCCCUUACCUUCCCCCAUUUUUUUUUUUUUUUUAAUUUGAUGAUGCUUCAUUCUUGCUGAUACAUGGGAUAAACGGGCUCUUGUGAGAAUAAGGAACUAAUUAUCACUUAGGUAGCUGAGUUCUAAUUGUCAAAAUUGACAAAGCAUCUGAUUCUUUAACACGAAGUGUGCACUUGGGAGCUUUCUUCAUUCUUUCACUUUAAGACACUCUUUAUGUUCAAUAAUUCAAGAGGGGGUGGUGGGCAUCAUCAUCAUUCUCACCAAAAGUUUACUUAACCAAAUAGAGUUUGGUACACCUUAAAGUCUCUAUUUAACUUGUGUUAGUGUUCUGUUUUUGGCAUAUUUCAUGUCUCUUUAUAAUCUCAUGAUUGCAUCAGUAAUGGAUUGAGGGUAUAUAAAAGGAAGGGUGGAAGACAAGCACAUUCAGGAUGUCUCAGCUCACAAAACAUUAGUUAGUUAUACAAAAUCGAAUGAUGAUAAUUAGGGUACUAUUGUGGGGUGUCGUGCCGCAAACCACCUGGGCAAUUUGUAUAUCUGAAUUUUUCUUCUGUAUUAAAUUUUUAUAUAUAUUUUUUAGUGGGAUGCUGUAAGCCAUUACAAUGUACUUCUGAUUGUAUUCUUGGCCUUGCUAAGAUAGUGGUUCAAUUCAAGUCACUCAAUCAUGCAUUAUCAUUUAA